AUGAAGUCAGGCAGUGUUCAGCGUGCAUGUGCGAGAAAAAGAACGUCCAGCAAGGACGGAUAUGCCAUAAGCAGAGAAGGGGAUAGCGGCCUCAUCAGUGAACAUGUCCUCCGAGAUGUUGGAGAACACGACAGCGUUACGAUUGAGUACUGCCGAUGUUCCUCGUGCUUCCAGUCAAAAUCUUUGACUGGUCGUGACGUGAGAAACCCUGCCACACAACACAGUGCACAAGUGACAACGGAACUUCGGUGUUCUGGUGUAUCAGACUGGUGUCAGCCCAACGGAUCGAGGCCCGACGGCGUCCUAACUGGUACCACGUGCUUUCCUGAUAUGUACUACGUACUCGGUGGGGACAGUCCACAUGCGGUGAUGCCCAAUGUAUGGUACCCCCUUCUACAGGGCACGAUCAUGCACCCGAAUGAGCAUCUUGGUGCUGCUAUGGGUUGGGUGACGGAGGACGAACCGAACACAGGUGCCCGAUUACUAUAUGAAACUUAUGUAUACAUGAAACUAAUCACUAUCCGAUGUAUCUGA